AGAGAUGGUACUGCAGCGUGUCAUUGAAAAGCCGAGAGAAAACGGGCUCCAUUUUGUGUCCUUCUCGCAGUAAAAGCAGCAAGACAAUCCCUCCGAAGGAAGGAAAAAAAAAACCAACACAAAGACAUCUUUUACAGGCAGAAUGAGUGGCUGCCGCAUAUUUGUCGGCCGGUUGAACCCGUCCGCCAGAGAGAAGGACGUAGAGAGAUUCUUCAAAGGAUACGGCCGCAUCCGAGACAUCGACCUCAAGAGGGGCUUUGGUUUUGUGGAGUUUGAUGAUCCUAGGGAUGCUGAGGAUGCAGUUUAUGAGUUGGACGGCAAGGAGCUCUGCAACGAGAGGGUGACCAUUGAACAUGCUCGUGUGCGCCUGCGUGGUGGGCGAGGACGUGGUGGUGACAGAGGGGGAGGAGGAGGAGGAGGAGGAGGCCGCUUCCCAGAUCGCUAUGGCCGUGGCUCCCAGGAUAGUCGGAGUAGGAAUCCUCCUCCGAUGCGUACGGAGAACCGCCUCAUCGUGGAGAACCUGUCAUCUCGCGUCAGCUGGCAGGACCUGAAGGAUUUCAUGAGACAGGCUGGGGAAGUCACGUUUGCGGAUGCCCAUCGCCCCAAGCUCAACGAAGGAGUGGUUGAGUUCGCUUCUUACAGCGACCUGAAAAACGCCCUUGAGAAGCUGUCUGGCAAGGAGAUCAAUGGAAGGAAAAUCAAGCUAAUCGAGGCAGCUAAGAAGAGGAGUUCCAGGAGUCGUUCCCGCUCAGAGAGCUCUUCUCGUUCUCGCUCUCGUAACCGGUCCCCGUCCCGCUCCAGGACCCCUCGUCGUUCCAGGUCCCACUCCCCCAAAGCACGCUCCCCCAAGAGGGACUACAAACGCUCUCGUUCUCGUUCCCACAGCGGCUCCCCAGCGCCCCGUGCUGCUGCCCCUGGCUCCCCACCCCCGAGGGCCAAAGAGACCUCUUCCUCCUCCUCUAAACGGGCCUCUAAGCCCAGCAAGUCUGCCUCCCCCCACUCCCCUCCCCCUGCACAGCGUGCGCCUUCCAGGUCUCCUUCCAGGUCUCGUGGCUCUCGCUCUCCGUCUACAGACAGCCGCCACUGAGUACUGAGAACACCUAGCGCAGGAGUAUACACAUUUUAAAAUAAACACACACCUCGUACAUAAAUACUCACAUUCAGACAAAACAGGACAGGGCAGGAACUGUUUUACCCAGCGGUUCUUGCCUGGUGUCCCUGUAUUUUCCCCUCCAUGUUUCCUCCCUCCCUCCGCUCUUCUCUUCUGACAUAGCUGAUCUUUGACCUACUUUUGUAUGGUGGGUGUUCUCUGUGAAAGCGUGGCUCUUGCUGUGAACACAAUGAGGGCUUCGUUUUCAAUUUGAGCAUCAAGUCUAAAACCUUCUGGGGGUUUUGGUUAGUAUUUUUAUUUGUAAUAAUGGAUGUAAUUCUUGGUAAGGUAUUACAUUAUAUAUUUUUUAUCAUUCAACGCUCGUGUGGCGACUCCCCCCUCUACCGGAUUUUGUUUGUCAGCUCUGAUAUCAUGAGCUGUUGAGAAUUCAAGUCCUGUUAUGAAUGUGAUUGGCUAAGGUUUUGGGUCGAACCAUUCUGAUCUCAGUGUAGGGUUCUUUUUGGGGGGGGGGGGUUUGAUUAGUUUUAUGCUGUGAUUUAUUUGAUUGAACUUCAUUCUUCUUUUUUUGGGGGGGGGUAUCAGAUUGUGAUCUGUUUUUUUUGUGGCGGCAAUAAAGGUCCUCGUUUAAGACGUCUGAUGAAAACAUUGUGGCCGGCUGCGUUAUUAUUUAACCCGUUUUGUAUUGAAGGUUUUAACGGAGUGGUUGUCUGUCUGUACUCUUUGUUUCUAUAAAGCAUUAUACACGUUUCCUUUCACAAGGUAAUGAAGCGUCGACACAACCUAGAGAAUAGUUUGGAAGAUAACUAUUUUUAAUGCUAAAUGAAGUCUUUUGUUUUUCUCUCUCCGUGUUCAAUAUGAGGGUUGUAGUUUGUACUUUAAUUGCAAAAAGAACAAGACACAGCAAACGACAAAUGAAAACCGUUUUAAAAUAAAGCGUCCAAGGCAUUUUGUAUGUCAGAACUUGAGAAUAAAUUUAAACUUCCACAAAGA